GCGCAGUUAUUCCCGCUGGAGGGUCACGUGGCCGCAGGGAGCCCUGAGUGUGGGAGUUUGUCGGCUGGGGAAUAACGUCAAGCUCUCCGAGGUGAGUUGAGAGCGCUGUGCGAGGGGGCGGAUCAGGACCGGAUCAUUCCGAGUCUACUUUCAGUGCGGGUUCAGAGCGACAGCGUCGAGGGGUAAUGAGCGUCCGACUUCCCUCCUCAAGUCAAGGAAUCCGCUAUCGGUAAACUUCUGAGCGGUGGAGCGGCAGUGGAGCUACAGUUACUGUAGAGCUCCGACACAAGUGCACUUCGAAAGCGGGAGUGAAGGAGGUGACUCACCAGCUUCUGUGGGAUUUGAUGUCGCCUUUAGAUCGGGCCCACUGAAGAUGGAAACCCUGGAGUCGGAGCUGACAUGCCCGAUCUGCCUGGAGCUGUUUGAGGACCCGCUGCUGCUUCCUUGCGCCCACAGCCUGUGCUUCAGCUGCGCCCAUCGCAUCCUGGUUUCCCACUGUUCUGGCGCCAAGCCGCUCGAGUCCGUGUCGGCCUUCCAGUGUCCAACGUGCCGCCACGUCAUCACAUUAAGCCCGCGUGGUCUCGACGGCCUAAGGCGCAAUGUGACGCUGCAGAACAUCAUCGACCGUUUUCAGAAGGCCUCUUUCAGCGGGCCCGGCUCGCCCAGCGAAAGCCGGCUUCGCCCCCCACCCCGGCCCCGCAGCGCGACACCCACCGGGGGCAGCGCCAUGUCGGCCGAGCUGCGAGUGCCCUGCCAGUUCUGUGAACAGGAGCCUCCUCGCGAUGCCGUCAAGACGUGCGCCACAUGCCAGGCGUCAUACUGCGAACGCUGCCUGCGUGCCACCCAUCCCAACAAGAAACCAUUCACCAGCCACCGCUUGCUGGAGCCAGCGGGUGACGGGCACCUGCGCGGCCUGGCCUGCCUCGAGCACGACAGUGAGACAGUGAGCCUGUACUGUGCUACAGACGAGCAGCUUAUCUGUACCCUGUGCAAGCUGGUCGGCAGACACCGUGAGCACCACGUCACUUCACUCAGCGAGCGUUUCGACAAGCUCAAGGGUUUUCACGUGAGCCCCGGCAGAGUAUCUGAAGCGGUUAUGGAGGCAUCACAGACAAGCGCUGCGCAAACACUGGAGAACAACCUGACCAAUCUGGUAAAAAGGAACAGCGAACUGGAAAACCAGAUGGCCAAAUUGAUCCAGAUUUGCCAGCAGGUGGAGGUGAAUACGGCAAUGCACGAGGCCAAGCUGGUGGAGGAGUGCGAUGAGCUGGUGGAAAUCAUCCGCCAGAGGAAACAGGUCAUUGCUGUCAAGAUCAAAGAGUCAAAGGUAAUGAAGCUCCGUAAGCUGGCUCAGCAGAUUGCUAACUGUAGACAGUGUCUGGAACGCUCCAGCGCUCUCAUUACACAAGCUGAGCAGAGUCUUAAAGAGAACGACCACGCUCGCUUCCUUCAGACUGCCAGAAACGUGGCAGAGAGGGUUGCCAUGGCCACAGCCUCCUCACAGGUUCUUAUCCCAGAUGUCAAUCUGAACGAGGCCUUUGACAACUUUGCUCUCGACUUCUCCCGAGAAAAGAAAAUUCUGGAGGGUCUGGAUUACCUGACAGCCCCGAAUCCACCAUCUAUACGCGACGAGCUCUGCACAGCCUCGCACGACACCAUCACCGUGCACUGGACCUCUGAGGACGAGUUUAGUGUCACAUCUUAUGAACUGCAGUACACGAUUUACACGGGCCAGACCAACUUUAUCAGUCUGUAUAACUCAGUAGACAGUUGGAUGAUCGUGCCCAACAUCAAGCAGAAUCAUUACACUGUGCACGGGCUUCAGAGUGGAACCCGAUAUAUAUUCUUUGUCAAGGCCAUCAACCAGGCUGGCAGCCGCAAUAGCGAGCCAGCACGCCUCAAAACCAACAGCCAGCCUUUUAAACUGGACCCAAAAACGGCUCAUAAGAAGCUGCGCCUGUCCAACGACUGCCUGACCAUGGAGAAGGAUGAGAGCUCUUUAAAGAAGAGCCAUACACCAGAACGCUUCAGUGGUACAGGUUCCUACGGAGCUGCUGGCAACGUGUUUAUUGACAGUGGCUGCCAUUACUGGGAGGUUUUGUUAGGAGCGUCCACAUGGUACACCGUGGGUGUGGCGUACAAGUCGGCCCCGAAGAACGAGUGGAACGGCAAGAACUCGUCGUCGUGGGUGUUCUCGCGCUGCAACAAUAACUUUCUGGUGCGACACAACGGCAAAGAGAUGCUGGUGGAGGUAUCGCCGCAGCUGCGGAGGCUCGGCGUGCUGCUGGACUACGACAACAACACGCUCUCCUUCUAUGACGCCAUGAACUCACAGCACCUGCACACGUUCGACAUCUCCUUCCUGCUUCCUGUCGCCCCGACCUUUAUGAUUUCCAAUAAAUCAUUGAUGAUCCUAUCCGGCCUGCCCGUGCCCGACUUUGUGGACUGCCCCGAGCAGCAGGACGGCAGCAGCCGCCAGCAAGAGUCUCCAUAUGGCCUGACUAUGAAGAGCUGCAACUGAGACGCUCGCACCGGCUCUUCCAGAACGUUUCCUCUAGGGUCGAUUCAUUUUUUUGUUGUUGUUUUGGGUUUUUUUUUUUUUUCACUCUGCUUCCUCAGUUUUAUUUUGGCCCCAGCACUGGCUCACAUUUGUUUGAUGGGUUUAAAGGAGGCGCUCAUUUCUCCUUGAUCAUUGCAGUCAGGGCUUGUGCUUAAGAUGACAUCUAGUCAUGGAUUAUGAGCUCUUUAAUGGAGUGCGAAACGUAUGUAAAUUAUUCACAACUAAUAAUUCGGUUUUUAUUCUUAUCCUUAAAAGCACUUUUUUUUUUAACAUUUCCGAGGUCCCCUGUGUGUAAAAAAAAAAAGGAGGGGAAUAAAAAGAAACUUGACUUAGAACUGGGCUGAACAUUGUUUGGGUAUAGUCUAGUGGAUUUAUCUUCUAAUAGAGAAAAUGGGAUAUAAAUAUGGCAUUUCUACUGAGGUUAACAUUGAAUAGUAUCUGAUUAAACAAAAUUCACAUUUUCAUAUUCAGGGAGAACAAGGAGAACAUUUUCUUUGUGGGUUUUUUUUUUGGUUUGUUUUUUUUUUCUUUGUUUUUUUGUCUUGCAGUUUAUAGCAUGAUAUGUAUUUCCUCUGUGAUUUGUUCCACUCGAUUGCUUUCUUGUUCUGUAUUUUGUGGAAAAGCAUGACAGUCUCACUGCUGAUUUUAUAGACAUAAAAUCUGAUCCAUGUAGUAUUUUUUUUUUUUUUUUUUAUUGUAAAGCUAAAUCCAUCUCAUCAAAUGAGACGAUUUAUAAAAAGCAUUGCGGGUGAACUAAAUCUUGAAAGGGCUUUACGGAAUAUAGAUCCAUUCAAACCGGUAAAAAGGGAGCCAACAAUCCCAUCUUAUCACUGCUUUCAAAUGUUUUCUUUUUGCCUCAUAUGCGAUUUUCCUCAGCAAAAUAUUUCAGGGAGGAAUCAGUGAAUGAUGUCAUAGACAAUCAUUUCUACCUUGCGGGCAAAAAACAACUAAAUAAAAUAUACUGUGUAGCAUGAUAAUGUAUAUUGGCAAUAGUGUUAACACGAGCCUCUUCUUGAAACAGAAAUGGGUGUCCACCUGAAUUAUGCUGUCUCUGUGCAGUUUAGAGAGCAGACAUACUACUGAUGGCACUCUCCUGCUGCUGCUAUCGUCAUGCGUGGGGUCUCUCUCAUUUAUUUUUCUGUCCCUGUGGCUCCUCGGUUCAGCUCUACCCUCUCCCAUUGUCAUUUUAUUUUUUGCUUUUCGAUGUUUUUGUGCUAAAAUCCCAGAGCAUGCUUCAGAUCGCUGUGCUACUGCAAUCCAUUUUUUUCUCCCCGUUGCACAAGGAUACAUCAAAAUAUCCUUUCUUGUGUGUUCUGUGAGGAAAUUAUUAAUACUUUUCAACACAUACAUACACAAUAGAUGAGAUAGUUGUUGCAAAAUGUUUUUUUUCUUCUUCUUCUUCUUCUUCUGUAAAAGCUCGACGAAUUUUCAAUUGUCCGAUAUCUUGAUUCUUUAUAUUGUCAACUGAGUAGUUAAGAUGCCAUAGUGGACCCUAAACACGAAAGCAAUAUAUGUAGAUUAUGAGAGUCCAUUUCGAACAUUUCCAUUUGAUUUGUUUUUUUUUUAAUGGCAUUACAGAAGCCAUUGAAUACCAGGUAAGCAGAGGUUUUCAAAAAUGCUCAAGUCUUAUUCAGGGGCCGUUCAUCUCGAACUGACAGGAUUGAAAGGUGUGUUUGAGUGUGUGUCACUGGGUCCUUCAGACCAAUUUUGGAACUGCUUCCUUUGAAUAUCCGAUACUGUUUUGAAAGGAGAAGGUGCAGUAUAGAUAUCACUGAUCAUUUUGCGUAUCGAGUUUACAGCUAGCUGUGCAUUUCUUUCCAUUUAACAUGAUAGGCUGAUAACAUGAUAGGCUUUCUUCAGUAAGAACAAAAAAAAAAAAAGAACGGUCACGAUCGCAAGGUUGUUUUUAUUGGAUGAUCAAACACUAGUGUGUUUUUCUGUUUCGAUUGAUCGGUUUUAGCAAGACAAGUAUGUAAAUCAUAGGGGGAAAUAUAUAUUAUAUGAAAUUGUAUAAUAUACAAAUAUAUAUGAACAUUGUUAUUUAUGUGAGCUGAAACCCAAUAAUAAUAAAAAAAAAUCUGAUCCCAAG